CAGCAGGUCUUUCCACUCCUUCAUUCAUUAAACAUCUUGUUUGUAGGUCUAACCUAUUGAUGUGGCGCCCCCAUGUGGCGAUGCAAACUUUUAGGCCUGCAGGCUGCUGGACAGCUGCUUCAGGCCUUUCCUGACGAUUUCAGACCUGCGAUGAAUUAUGAAUAAAAUUAGUGAAUUUUUAAAACUAAUUAAAUGAAUUAUAAAUAUGAUUUAACCUUCAGAUUAGCCAAGGAAAGCUGAAAAGUCAGUGUCAAAUGUUUAUUUCUUCUAUUUUAUGGUCAUUCAACAUUAUUCAUUCAAUAAAAACUAAAAUGUUUAAGAAAUAAUCUAUGCAUUAUAACAGAUAUUUUUCUUUUGGACUGUUUCCUCUAAUCGGAUUUAGAUGAAAGACUUCUCUCUCAUUUGCGCUCAUUUGACGCUAUUGAUGCUUUGAGCUCUGUACCAAAAUGGCCUCUGCCUUUUCAUUUGUUGGAUUUCGUUCUGCACAUGUUUCAUUUUCAGGCUGUAAAUCUGCUACAGCGCCCCGUUGUUCUCUGUGUGGUUGUGGGCUACAAAGGAGGCAGGCAGGCAGCAGCAGCGCACAAGUCCCGCCUGUAUUUCCCUCUGGAAGAGUCUCAGUGUCGGCGCUCCAGUCUGGGGAUUGGAGCGGUGGCUUGUCAGUAAAUUAGCCCACCCUUCCACAGUGUGUAUGAGGAAAACCGAGCCAGACAAAUCCGAAAUCUCCCAGUCAUCAGCUGCCUGUCACACCAGCACGCCACAAUAUACCUACCCGGGGCCAUCCGCCGCGCUGUGACACCUGGCAGGGAUGGAGGGAGAGAUGCAGCCCGCAGAUGAAGGGCCCUGCGCCCCGAAGAUGUGCCGACAACAACGCGGUCCGUACAGCACCCUGAAAACCUUCCAGAGCAAGCGCUCGGCGGGCAAGUCGCGCUUUGACAGGUCCGCUGUGGUCGAGGUGCCUCUGUUUGGCGGUGACGGCGGCGGACAUCACUUCACUUUUCACCCCGGGCAGCCUCAUCCUUUCCAGCCGCACCAUCACCACCAGCGUCUGCAGCUCCAGCAAACUAUCAGCAGCAGCCAGCAGCAUCACCAACACCCGACUCCUCAGCAGCAGCAGCAACAGCAGCAACAGCAGCAGCAUCGUUUCCCAUGUGAGAACAGGCCCAGCAGCAGGGUCCCGACAUCCACCUCAGCGGCAGCGGGCAGCGUAGCGGCGGCAGCAUCUCUUGGUACCCAGCAGCGGCGCGUCAGCGGCGGCACAGCGGAGCCCAGAUUCUCCCCCGGACGAACCGGUCUGAACCAAGAAGCUCCAGACUGCACCUACGGCAUCAGCUCAGAGAACCGUCUCAUCUUGGACGCCUUUGCCCAGCAGUGCAGCCGAGUCCUCAGCCUCCUCAACAACGGCCGGCUUCUGGAGCCCUCCUCCACCCUUACCUCAAACAUCAAGCUGGAAGGUGACAUUCAGGGGCUUCACUGCUCCUCGUUGGGGAAGUCUAAACCUGAAGAGAGUUCUUCCACCACAGACCCAGAAGAGGAGGCCCAACAAAGCCAUUUGAACCAACAACAGACCUCUGCCGUUCUCCGCAUCUUUACAGACUCUCUCCAGAGCUAUCUCCUCUCAGGGCCUCAGCAGCAGCAGCAGCAGCAGCAGCAGCAACAUCUGGCUCUGGGCCUGGAGGAUGAGCAGUGUCUGUCCGCGGAGCCCGGUUCAGGGAUGUCUCCUCCGAGACCCAACCUGGGAGGCUGGGGCUCUCCGACUCCGUCAGAGUCGUACGGCCACCCGUCGUCCACGCUGCCUGAGGAGGAAGAGGAGGAGGAAAGCUGCUGUCCACGCUGCCUAGAGCUGGAGCAGGAGGUGCUAUCUCUGCAGCAAGAGAACGAGGAGCUCCGCAACAAACUGGAGAAUAACCCAGUUCCCUGUCAAAAUGUUCUGGACUACUUCAAGACUGUUCUUGAGUUUCACAACCAGCUGGUCCAGCCGAUGCCAGAGGAGCAGCUCACAGAGGAAGAAGAACAGCAAACAGUCUUUGAGGGUAGUAAGCAGCUCCUGGAGAACUAUCCUCUCUUCAUCACUAAUAAGCAGUGGGAUGAGGCUGUCAACUCCUCUAAGAAAGAUGGCAGGCGGCUGCUACGGUACCUGAUUCGCUAUGUCUUCGCCACAGAUGAGCUUAAGUUCUCCUGCGGUUUGGGCAAAAGGAAGCGUUCAGUCCACUCAGGAGACCCGGGCCUGGAGAGACGACCGCUCAACCCCGUCAAAGUCAGCUGCCUCAGAGAGUUCAUCCGGAUGCACUGUGCCUCAAACCCAGACUGGUGGAUGCCCUCAGAGGAGCAGAUCAACAAAGUUUUCAGCGACGCCGUCGGUCACGCUCGCCAGGGCCGAGCGGUCGGUACUUUCCUGGGCAGCAGCGGCAGCGGCAGCAGCACCAGCAGCCUCUAUAUGGACGGAUUUGAUGGACACCUGUCACAGGACGAACUGUAUUUAAAAGGCUGUCAGAACGGCCAAUCGGAUUGAAGUUAAAGCAGAAGCUGGAGUCAAAUGCCUGAAAUGUAGCUGUACAACAACAUAUCCCAAAACACUGACCUUAUCCUGUCACUUUACACAGUGAAGAAAAACAUUCCAGAAGAGGUUUAUCACAGAUUAUAAAUACAGUCCUCUUUUCCAAUAGUUUUUUAGCCUUUUUGCCAUUUUUAUACCUACAAUUUUAUUUAGUCAAAAUUUGACUCUUAAAGGGUGUUUUCAAUUUUACACAAAAUUUGAGUCUUCCAUUUGCUACUUUUUCUAUAGUUUAAUGUUUUUUGUUUGUUUUGUUUUGUUUUUUUAGAAUCGAGUCAUUAUAGAGAAGUUAUGUGUCAUCAGGAAGCUCUUUGUGUUAAUAUAGCCCAGGUUAAAACAACAUUUCUGUAGCAGAGACUUACUGUAUAUCCAUCGUUGACAUUACACCCACCAUCACCUCCAUCAUAGAAAGUGGCAUUUAUAUUUUGCAUCACUGGCGAUUAUGACGAAGCACCUUUAAUUGUCGCCCUCUACAGGAGUGCCUCUGAGAAAGGUUUGUAGAGCAAACGAGUCAUGUUUUGUUAUCUGUAGUCUUGCACUUUUGCAUCCCUGUUUUUACUUCAUUUGAACCAAUUUUGAUGAGUUUCAUCUCUCAGAAAGAUAAGUGCAUUUUAAAAACAAGUCUUUCCAGCGUGUAGCAACUGCGCUUCCCUGUAAAACUCAUCAGGUUGAACGUUUUGGUCAAUGCUGAUCCGUCCAUCUUGUUUUGAACCUCUUACAGCACAAAAACUGUGUGUCAUAUUGCAGAAUAUGCGUAAAAUAUGGCACACUGACGUCCUUAAUGUUAUAUUAACAACAUCUUAAAAUUACUUAUUUGCUUUCUGGUGCAAUUUCAACCAAAGGUUUUUUUUUUCUCUCUGAUACUUCUAUUUUAGAUUUUCACAGUUUGAUAAUUAACCUUCAAAAAAAAUCUUCAAAUCUGCAAACGUUACAUGAGGUCUCCUAAAUUUGAUUUAAAUAUGAAUGUGAUUUGUUCCAUAUAAUGAAGGUUCUAUAUUCUCAUAGUAGAACACAGAUUUGGAGAAAAAACAGGAACACUAACAAACAAAUAGACUGUUUUAUCUUAAUGUCUGCCUUUUCUUUUAUAAAAUCAGCUUUUUGCCUUGUCAUAGAUUUCAUUCAUCCUAAGCAAAAAGUCUUGUUGGAAUAAAACUGCAAUCUCUGUCUAUCUAGCUGAAUUUACUGUAUUUUACAAACUCAGUGGGGCUAUCAUUGCAGGACUCUGAGAAGACUUUUUGACUCGGGAUGGAUGGACAUUUAAGGCAGCUGCCAUAUAAUAAUGCCUUAAAUUUGACUGAAGACCUCCACAGUGUAAAGUGUUAGAAGUGUUGUGUGUUAGAAGUCAUGUUACCACAAUGCGGGUUGUUUUUUGUCUCAACCUCAAGUUACAAAGCUGAAGUUUUUUUCCCCAUAUUUACAGAAAACAUCCACUUCUAGAAAAUUAGUACCAACUGGAAGAACUUCUUUCUUUCUUACGUGCACUUUUAAAUGUCUUAUUGUGGACGAAGCAGUCCUUCAGUGAGAACAUCAUUCAUCCAUUUUUAUUUGAUGACUUUGUAUUUAUUUCACUUGGCACUUAAAAAAAACCACUUCAUGACACUGUUUUCUACGUUUGAAUGUACCAGAUUUUUUAGGGUCAGUUGCCACGUCAACAGUGCUGUGUAAAUGUGUAAUAUAAAGUACAGUAUUGUGUGAGGUGUUCUUGAAAUACCGCGUCUCUCUUAAGAAGCCAAGUAGAAAAGUGCCACAGAAACCUUAAGCAGUCGGAUUCUGUCGUUGUGUACUGUUAUGAGUGUGAGCGUUUAUUUGUAUUUACUCCUUUACCCUCAAAAUGGCUGUUAUCAACACUGUGAAACAUCAGUCGGAUUUUUACAAAUCUAAUAGUUUCUGUUGUUUUUUUAAUUUAUAAUAAAGUAAAGCACUGAAGCUGAA